AUGGUUAAUUAUCUGAGCGUGUGUGUGCUGGUGCUCGGUUCUGAUCCGGUUCUUCUGGACCAGAGGAACAGGUGUCACUCCAGACUCAAACAGCUUCAUGGACAGCAGGUGACCGUUCACACACCGCCCAACAUCACCGGACACUGGGUGUCCAACAGCUGCGAGGUGCGACCCGGUCCGGAGUUCCUCACCCGCUCCUACCGCUUCUUCCCCGACGGCAGCUUCCAGGCGCUGCAGUUCUACUACCAGGACCCUGACUGCAGCAAGCCCAGCUACAGCCUGCUGAUCCGGGGCAGCGUGCGGCCGCUGCGGGCCUCGUGGCUGGUGCGUGGAGGAACGGCGAGCGAGGUGCAUGUGAGCCGCGUCCAGCUGCGGUGCCUGCAGACGGCCUGCGACCCGCCGGACACACCGGCUCCGGACCGCAGCAUGCAGGAGCUGACGCUGAUGCGCCUGGAGCUCCGGGCCGAGGAGCUGUUCCUGGGAGACGUUCACACGGAGCACGCUCAGCCCGCGGGAUACCAGAGCCCCCUGCGGAGCGCCAAGGCCGAGCGCUGUGGAGUCUGUCGGAUCGUGUCUUCGGCGGAUCUUCAUCAUCCUCCGGUGCUGUCAGCUCGGCCCGAGCGUCCGGUGCGUCUGCAGGGAGACUGGGUGAGCACGCGGUGUGAGGUGCGUCCGGGAGUCCUCUUCCUCACCCGACAGCUGACCUUCCACGAGGACAGCCAGACCUGGACCGGACAGUACGAGCACUUCUCUGACCCGGUCUGCCGUCACCCCACCUUCAGCAUCUCAGCCAGCGGACGCUACAGCCGCGGAGCUCCAUCUGCAGCCAUCGGGGGCGCCGUCCAGUUCACCUUCACCGUGACGCACAUGACGGUGACGCCCAUGGAUGUGGCCACCACGUCUCUGCUGAACGUCUUCCGAGGGCGCGAGUGUGGGUCCGAGGGCUCGUGGCAACGGGGUGUUCCCCAGGACGUGACCUCCACCUCGGGCUGCGCGGCACUGGGCGUGCGUCUGCCUCACACCGAGUACGAGCUCUUCCGCGCCGGCCAGGACCCGUCUGGACACAGCCUCCUCUACAACGGCCAGAGACCCAGCGACGGCUCCAGUCCGGACCGGCCCGAGCGACGGCCCACCAGCUUCCAGCCGCCGCUGAUCCGCUGCAGCCGCGGAGGGCGAGAGCGAGAGCAGCCCUUCAGACUGAGUGCCGGCGGCGGCUCAAACGCUCUGCACACACUCGCCGCUGCGCUCGUCCUGCUGCACACGCUCAUGUAGUCACACCGAGAACGUGACUUCACCAAGACUAUCCAAAAACAUAGGCCUAACCCUAUCCCUACCCAUAACUUAUCCCUAAAA